GUACCAUCAACCACAACGACAUCUAAACCUCCAACUCAUCCAGCUGUACAAUCAUCAAAAUGCCUCCCCGCCGCUCAACCGGACGGACUGCAUCCGGCCAACAGUCCAAGCUCUCAUUUGGUACGCAAUCCCGCGUAACAAAACCAUCAACCACAGCCCCAGGCAAACAAAUCAAGAACAUCGACCCAACAAUCGACCAAGAAAUCACCAAAAAGGCAUCCUCACCUUCACCUUCAGCGUCACCAGCGACACCCGAUACUGCAUUCCCAGAACAAGUACCCGUUACGUCAUCGACAGCAUCGUCAAAACCGCAUGUUGCAGAACUAGCUAUUCGAGAACAAGCCAAAGAAGAACUCAGUCAGCCUCAGACGGAAGAAGAUAGAAGGGCGUUAAAGAUUAGUGAAGCGCAGAUAAGAAAAUAUUGGAAUGAGGAGGAACAUAGCCGGAAGGCACCGAGAGUACAUCAAAACGAUAUCGAUAUCGAUGAGAAGAUUCUGCGACAUUUUGACUUGUCGAGUCAAUACGGCCCUUGCGUCGGGAUCUCUCGAAUCAAGCGUUGGCGUCGAGCACAUAUGCUCGAUCUCAAUCCACCAAUUGAGGUUCUUGCUGUGCUACUGAAGGAUCGCAAAACCCCAGUUACUCAGCGCGCAUAUGUGGAUGAACUGCUUUCAUGAUGCGCAGCUCAACUUGACCCUAUUAUUUUAUCGUUACGUGUUUACGGCGUUAGGUUUCAUUUAUCAUACCCUUUCUUUCUCUGUGGGAGGAAGCAAGCAGGCAGGCUUUUUACAACCUAUGUUCGAUUUGAAUGAAUGUUACGGCUUCCAUUGUUAUUCCACGGCAGUUAUAUAUCGUUUCCAAUCAACAAAUACUACGUAGGU